AUGACUUGCUGCGGAAAUCGAAAGAAGCAGGUUGUGGGGAUUGCUGACCAGAAAUGGGAAUACAUCAAUCUCCGCGACUUUAAAAGCCGUGGAUGCGGAACUGUGUUCGCUUAUAUCUACCUGUGGCUUAUGCUUCUCGUUUCAGUUGCUGUCUAUGUUGUUGACAGUUUUACUGCCGUCAAUCUACUCGUGUUCGAUCGUUGGUCUUCAAAGAUCGAUCCUGCCAUCUCUUUUGACGUCACGAAAUGGAUCUUCUCUAUUUGCAUUAUUCUCUCAUUCAUCAACCUAGCUUACGAGGGUUUCCGCGCCUUUCGGGUCAUCAGACGAGGGAAUGUUGCGGAAUCCUAUCUUGACAGCUUAGCUGUUCGAUGGGAGUCAAUUCGACUUGGUUCGCAAGGCUGGAAAAGAUUCCUAGUCUUUGCAGAACUCACCAAAAGUAAAGAAGGCGCACAAUAUAUUGCGCUUUUCACAUACUUCAACUUUCAAGCCUGGAUCCGAGUCAUCAUCUGCUCAGGUCCCCGUCAGGUCCUCAAUGCCUUCACACUCAAAUCAGUGUAUGAGGCGCAAUUGACUCCUACAGCUGACAAUGUGGGCGACUCCAUUACUGGAUUCUUCGAAAAGAUCAAGAUCCUUGCCGAAGAAGAUUAUCAACAGGCACUUAUCCUCUCCGGAAUGUGUUUCACUCUGGUUAUCUGGGUAUUUUCUGCGCUUUUCCUUCUCGCUGCCGUUCUGUUUUGGGUAUUCUUUUUGUACCAUUGGAUUCCUGCUGCCGACGGUGGUCUUUCUGGAUACUGCGAGCGGAAGGUCACCAAGGCGUUGAUGAAGAUCGUCACAAAGACGGUCAACAAAGCUCUAGCUAGGGAGGAGGCCAGCCGCUUCAAGGCUGAAAUCAAGGCGGCCAAGAAGAAUGGAGAGAAGCCUCACCUCGAUCGAGCUGCCACUCUACCAACUUUGCCAAACGUUGGCCCAGUCACCAAAAUGGAUCACCCCCCUAUGCUGAAUCGUAACGACACCAUGAUGACACUGCCGCCUUACACUUCACGCCCUGGUACGCCAGGUGGCAUGGAGAACGCACCCACAGCUUCAGAACGAACUUUACCAUCUAGACAGGGCACUACGGCAUCUAUCGUGAGCUACGCAUCCCGAGCCACUUCUAGAUCUGGAGGUGGAUAUGGACGGAUUGCAUCCCCCGUGCCUGAUGUGCCUCCCAUUAAAUACCAGGGCCACUCUCAAACCCGAUCUACCACUGACAGGCAUGACAACUUUGGGCCUUAUCCUCCAAACCAAAUGGCAAUGGACCCAAUGGCAACUCUUCCUGGGCGAUUUACAGAGAGUCCUGGUCCAAUGAACUCUGACAUGGCGCCUUUCUUCCCUCCCCCGACUCGCGCUUCUAGCGCUCGCCCUAUGGAUACCUUUUCGCAGCCCACGGGAACAUUUCCUUUGGCUCAGGCACCCCAAUACCAAGCUUACAAUCCGGGAGGUCGUAUGAGCACUGCAUCAUCUGUGAACUCUCAUCAGGGCGGAGCCGCAAUGCAACGGCCCUUCGCUCCUCCAGUACGAAGUGCCACAGGGCCAAUGCCUUUUCGGGGACCUCCACAAAGGAACUUGACGAACCCAAUGCCGCCUCGCGCAGCAUCUGCGAGACCUGAAAGGGCUCCUCCCUAUAAUUAUGACGUUGAAUCUCAAAGACCAGGGGGGUGGUAA